UGGAGGAGGAGGAUAGCACUUGAUUAUUGUGAUGGUGGCAGCAGCUGCGAGCAACCAGCAGAUCGGCGUUUCUAGGAUUUCGUUCGUUUUUUCCGCUAAAGGGCAGGAUUUUUUAAAAAUCGCUUUGUACCUGGGGAUUUUACAGAUAAUCUAAUGAGAUGCAAGUUCGCAAAACUACUCUGGAGCCUCAGCGCUGCAAGCAGCAAAACUUUUUCUUAAAGGAAAACACAAUAAAGAAGCGAGCUGGCAACAUUGGCUGUUGUGUGUGAUGAUCUCUCGUAACAUCCGGAUCUUCUAUGGAGUUGAAUUAAACACAGUCUGCUUAAACUGGCAGUGGGAUUGAGUAAGGGACAGACUGCUGAGCGCGGUCAAACUCGCUCUGAUGUUAUUGUCUGUUUGCAGUUCCGAGUACAGUAUUGUUUUAGAUAGUGUUGCAUGACUGAAUUACAGAUUUUCCCGAAGGGGGAAGAAAACCACCGCUUGUUUUCUAGUCUUUUGAUUUUUCCCUCCCUACUCAUAUCCUCCCUGGAAACAUUUUAAACACAAGAGGCAAGAGAAAGUUAUUCCAAAAUACUGUGCACAGACUAUAGGAUGGGGGAUUUUGCAACCCCCACUGCUGCUAACGGCAGUAGCAUUUGCAUCAACAACAAUAACAUAAACAGCGGCAUCAACACUAGUAAUAACAGUAACAAUGUGGGCAUUCCUAAGCACAGCACAGUGGUGGAGAGAUUGAGGCAGAGGAUCGAAGGCUGUCGGAGGCACCAUGUAAACUGUGAAAACAGGUAUCAGCAAGCCCAUGCGGAACAGCUGGAGAUUGAACGCAGGGAGACGGUCAGCCUAUAUCAGAGAAGCCUGGAGCAGAGGGCUAAGAAAUCCGCUAAUAAUAAACAGCAAAACAAACAGCAAGACCCAGAGUCGGCAACCACCCCAGAACACAGAAAUAACACACUGAUAGCGCUGCAAGAAACUGUGAAAAGGAAACUGGACAGUGCACGGUCUCCUCUGAACGGUGAACAGAACGGUAUUUGCGAUGGGAAUUUUUCGCCAAAUGCAAAAAGGCUGAGAAAGGAAGGGCCUGUGGGAGGCCUGGACUCAUUGGCUGGUUUGCCCAAUAACAUCCCCCCUGUGCCCUCUGUAUCCCCACUCCACCAAAUUGAUAUCAAACCAACGCUGCCCCUGGCAAACAACACCAGCAGUGGCAACAGCCACGUACCCAGCCGGCCGGAUGACAUGGGCAAAAAUGGUGGUUUGCCAGAGAUCAAGCUGCCAGUAAAUGGCACCUUGGACCUGGAUGAUAGCUUCGGUUUCCUUCCGAAUAAGGAUAUGAAACAGGAGCCCUUGGAUGAUACCACCGGGAUUGAGUCAUCAGACACCUCACUCUCGAACCAGAACAAGCUCUUCUCGGACAUUAACCUCAAUGACCAGGAGUGGCAGGAGCUCAUUGACGAGCUGGCCAACACUGUGCCUGAAGACGACAUGCACGACUUGUUCAAUGAAGAUUUUGAAGACAAAAAAGAGGCUGAGUUCACUAGGCCAACUACCCAAACGCCCCUCCCCCAGGACCCCCCUCCCCAAAACAGCCAGAUGCCUAUGGGUUCCCCACAGGUACGGCCUUCCUCUUCAGGCCCUCAGUUCAACACUGCAUCCAACAGCACCCCUCCCCAGCAACCCCUUCAGCAGCCUCCUUCUGUCGGCAUGGCGGCAGGCUCACCAGCAAAUUGUGUGGCCCAGUCACCACAGACUCCCAACCAGGCUCAGACUCAGCAACCCAGGCCGGGGAAUGGAUUCCUGAUGACCCCAGGUCCUGGAGUAGGGCAAGGGCUUGCUCCUGGGCCAUCAGCAACUGCAGGCCAAGGGGGAAGUAUCACAGUCCCAGUCCCUUCGUCUACUCCUGACUUAUCUCCAGCAGAACAGCUGAAGCAAAUGGCUGUCCAGCAGCAGCAAAGGGCAAAACUACAAAAACAUCAGCAGCAGCAGCAACAAACACAAGCACCCAACUGGUCACCUGCUGGUGCUCCCACAAGCCCAUAUGGAGGGCCAUUCAACCCUGACAAACCAAAUAGCCCCAUGAUGUAUUCACAAGCUUUUAACUCCCAAAAUCCUAUGGUGCCUCCAAUGGCAAGCAACCCUCAGAAGGCCACGAUGAAUAACUACCUCCCUCAAAACCAUAUGAACAUGAUCAGCCAACAGCCAAACAGCAUGGGCCAAAACACUAUGGGCAAGCAGCAAGCCAGCAUGCUCUCAUACAGUAACACUAAGCCCCUGACUCAUUUCAGUGCUGUGGAGCACAUGAGUCAGAGGAUGACCCCCCCUAUGGCCAACCCUAAUAAGAAUCCCAUGAUGCCAUACAUGCAGCAUCAGCCAGCACAGCAGCCACCGCAGCAGCAGCAGGUGACGCCACAAGCCCAGGCGCAGAUAUCUGCUCAGGCCUCUCACCUGAGCGAAGAACAGAAACGCAUGCUUCUCUUAAAACAGAAACUGAAUCAGAGUAUGCCUUACAGUGCGUUGCAACCUCACAGUCAGGAGCAGAAUGUGGUUGGCAUCUCCCGGCAGGCAGGUGCUGUACAGCCGACACUACCAGGCCCAGGCAGUGUGGCGCCUGUGCCGAGCACCAAUCCAGGGGCACCUGGUUACCUAGGCAACCAGCAGCAGGCAGCCAUGAUGAAGCAAAUGAUGAUAGAGCAGCAAAAGCAGCAGAUUCUGAGGGAACAAAGGCAACAGCAGCAGCAGCAGAUGCUGGCAGAACAGUUACAACAGCAGCACCUACCCCGACAGCUUCCACAGCAGCAGAGAGGCCCCUACCCUGUCCAGCAGUUUAACCAGUUUCAAGGACCGACACAGGAAAUGGCAGCGAGAAACCAGGCUCUUCAGAAUAUCCGGAAUGCCCGAUUGCUUCAGCAGCAGCAAAGUCAGGGCAUGCUCCAGAUGGCAUCUGUCCAAAACUCUGGUUCAAUGCCGGCAACAGUGGCGCAGUCUGAGAUGAACAUGGCAUAUAGCAACGCACCGAGCAGCCAGCAGGGCAUGUACAGUAUGAAUCCUGCAAUGAACCAAAUGUUGCAGCACCCAAACCAAAGCAGCAUGAAUAUGUCCCACAACCCUUCACAGGGCCAGAGACAACCCAGUGCUGGACAAGGGGUUGGCAUGGUCGGGGGUUAUGGACAAACCAUGCUGAUAAACUCCGCCAUGUCCCAUCAGCAAAUGAAAGGACCACCUGUUGGGCAGGCCAUGCCCAAGGCCCAAGCACAGAGACUCCAGGGGAUGAUGGGAAGUGCUGCCCAGGGGGCCCAGGGCUGGCAGCAACAACAGCCAGGCCUACAGGCCAUAGCUGCACGGACUAGUGGGGAAAUGGUGGCCUUCAACAAUAACUCCGCUUAUGCCAUGCAGCCUGGCCAACCGCGGAUGACCAAACAACACUUUCCUCAAGGAAUGAACCAGCCUAUUGUGGAUCCCAGAGCCAUGAACCCUGCAAUGAGUGGGCAGAUGAUGCCUCACAUGUCUGGGCAACCAAGGACCAACCAGCCACGGCCCAUGGUCAUGGCUGGAAUGACCCAGGGUGUUCCCAAUAUGACUCCUUUUAGCCAAGGCCCUGGGCAGCAGAUGGCAGCUGGUGGUGGCUCUUACGUACAGGGCGGUCAGCCACCAGGCUACCAGCGGACAUCGAGUCAGGACUUGUCUUACAGUUAUACCAGCCAGUCAGCAGGAGGAGGAUCUUUUAAUUUACCAGACGGAGCAGACCUGGACUCUACAGAUGGCUGGAUGGACGAGUUCUUUCCUAGUCAAUAGCAAAAAAAAAAGGCCCCAACUUUCAACUUUACAUGGACUGUAAGUGAACAUUAGUUGAGGAAAAAGAAAGAGGACAAUUAAACCUUUUUUGGAAAGCAUUAAUGAGCUGAUAAAGGCCUCAUUUUUUGCAUCACCUGUUUGGGCUGACAGAUUAUUUUUAAAAAAGUAUCACGGCUUUUGUGAACUGGGUCGGUUUGGUAGUCACUCCAAAACUGUGCAGUUCUAUGGGAGUGUGUUUUAUUUUUUUAAUUUUUAGAAAUUACAUACUUUCCCCCUUUUUUUAAGAAAAAGAUUAUUUACCCUUCUGACUUCUUAGCUCAGUAUCUUAAGUGUGUGCAGAUUUGGUUAUUUCUGUCAAUGGAUUUAAGACUUUUGUAUGUUUAGAAAAUAAAUUCCACAAUAAUAUUGCAAAAUCUCCACAUUACACAUGAGAGUGGGUGUAAGGAACAUGAAGAGGUUAAAAAAAGAAAAAAAGAAAAAAAUGCUAAAUUUAUUUUUAGAUUUAGGGGUUUAUAAUUUCUUACCAAUUUGCUGUCUCUUCUGUUACAAUUUUUUUGUGCCACUUAACAAUUCCUUGCAGGAAUCCUAACAAGAUUUUGGUUUGGAGUGGUGUCAAAAUGUAAAAUCUUUCAAAUAAGAAUUUGACCAAAAGAUAAGAUAUUAACCAGAUUUGCUGUGCUGUGCAGUAGUUCAUAGCCAAUAAUAUUCAUUGUAAAUGGUAUGAGUUGUGGAAAACAUCCCUAUGACCUAUUUAUUAUGUAUUCUAACCAAAAUUUUAUCUUUGAAAGGCUUGCAUUUCCUCUGUAUUUGUCUGUUUUUAUACUGUGAAAAACAACAACAAAGCAAUCAUAUUUCUUUGUCUAGUGUCCGAGCCAACGCAGUAGGUGUGGGCUGUUGCUGGGCAACCAGUGUGAGAGGCAUCUACUGGGCUGAGUUUCUACAUCAUACUGUGAGAGAACUGGCAGCUACCAAUAGUUCUGUUUGGAUGGAAAGAAAUGUUAAAUGUCAGCUAAGGUGAUUACAUUACAAAGCUUUAUCUGCUAGAAAUGAAGAACAAAACAGAGUAAAAUGAAUGUACUGUCCACCUUAAGUGAAUUUUCUCAUGAUUGAUAGUAAAUAAAUUAUCCUGAACCCUGAAAUACCCAAUGCCGAUUGUAUAAAAAUAACUUUUUAAAGAUACAACACUACUUAUUAAGUCACAUCAGUGUCUUAUUUAGAUUGGAUGCAAAAAAAGUUCUAAAACUCAAUGACUUUGCAAUGUAACAUUGAACUAGAAACACUUCAACUAUCUAUUAAUUUAAACUGCUGUUUUUGCUCCAAAUUCAGUUUUCACUUUUGUAAAACUCUCAAACUAUAAUUGAGUUAAGUUUGACAAUGUUCUUAGUUAUUCUACAAUUCAUAGUAGAUCCAUGCCAUAAGGUAAUGACUAGGUGAAUUACUUUUACAAUUAUUAUACAUUUUAUUUGAUUAAUGCGGAAUUACAUAAGUACAUUUUAACUUUAAUAAUUGGAGGUGGUCGUGCUGUAAUGGGGGACCCAGUCAGUACUUCUACAAUGUGAAUGGUAUAAUUUGUGCUACUCUUUUUCACAGAGAAGUCAAGAACUGAAACACAGUUUUUCAGAUCCAUGUUACAAUGCAGAGCAUUAUUUCCAGGGUCUGCUGGAACACUGUUAGAUACAACAAAGCCUUUGCUGUCCAUGCUGUACAGUAGCACAGGGUAUACAUUUUUAUUACUUUAGCAAUAUUAAAAUAAAAGUGCAAGACUGGUCAUUUUAAAAUAGUCUUGGAGGCAAACUUGAAUAGAGUAAAAUAGUCACAAAAACUACAUUUAAAGGAAUACAUUUCAUAGUGCCAUAGAUAAAUGUGUAUUACUCAUUACAGACAACACAACAUAGUGUUAAAAUAAUGCUGUUGAGGUUAAUUUUUAUAACACUUCAUAUUGUAUUAGAAAAACAUCUACACUGUGAUCAAUCUGAUAUGGUAAAGGGUGCAAUUCUUUAGUGUUAGUCAUAGGGUGGAAAGCAACACCGAAAAAGCCAAUAAACAUGGAGUAAAAAUGGAGGUUACUCUCUUUGUGUGAGUCAGCAAUCUGUGCUACUGAGAAAUCAUGGGGAGACAGUACAUAAUUUACUAUUUUAAUAUUAUUUUCCUUUCUUCGUUAAAUGAGGUUGGUUUCAAAAUUAAAUAUUUUAUGGUUCAAUGAAGUCCUGUAGUCUUGAACACAUUUUGCAAUAUGCAUAGAAAUCAAUUAUAAAUAAAGAUUGACUAUUUUGUAGAACUUCUGUCUACUCUAAUUACUGCUACAAGCCUUCAAGGCAUGCUGUCCAUAAGAGGGCACAUGGCUGUUAUAUUUCUAAAUCUGCCUUCGAAGGUUUGUUUCCUGUCACUUCAGCAUCACAUUGGUUAUUGCGCAAACUGGUGUUAAAUAAAGGCAUCAUAUAACAGCCUUUUUUUAAAUAUUAAGGGAUUAUUUUGGUAGGUAUUUCUCAAGUUCAGGCUGGGUUUAUAAUUAUAUAAAUAAUUCUAAUUAUAUCAUUAUGUAAACCUGGGCUGGUAAUAUUAUUUUUCUGUGACCAAAGCACCAUUUCAUGAAGCUUAGCUGUUCAGUUUUGUAUAAGCUGACCUUGGAUGUACUAAAGCCAUUUUCGUCUUUCAUAAUACUGAUGGCCACCCUGCUUUCUUUAGUCUUCCUCUAACUGUUUGGUCUGAUUGUGCAGUUUCUGGUGCUUCCUGAAGUUGACUAGAUCUGGUGUGUCCAAUCCCAGCCCUGGAGUGCCUAUGUGUCUGCAGGUUUUAAUACGUUUCUUUAACGCACCAGCACCUGAAGUUGUUCAAUUAAGCCAGUCAUACACUGGUUGAGGUUGUAAACUGGAAUUAAAUGAAAACCAGCUCAAUCAGAUACACUGGCCGUCCAGACACCGGGACUGGAUACAACUGAAUUAGAUUGCCUUGAGCUUUUGAAUGUAACCCUUUAGGAAUAUAGGAUUUGCUUAUCAGGACAGCCUGGAAUUUAAAACCAGGAGUAUUCCAUCUGCUAUGGAUUCACAUCCGAGAAUACGACUGAAUAUAACUCAUGAAGGUUUAUCUCUGAACUCCUUCUUGUUUUCUUCAUAAGCAGUAUCAUUUUAACUAAAAUUAUCAGCAUUAAAAAUAUAGCUUUUCCUUACAUGGAUGAUAUGUGCUAAAGCACAUUAGUAUAAGGAGAGAGGGCACCUAUUACUUCUGAUCAGUGUUAUAGUGUACCAGUCCAUUUCUCGGUGACCAACUUAAAAGUACAGUCAAAAGAAACAGUUCUGAAAGCUUUGGUGAGUUAAUUACUUUAGCUUUUCUUUGAUAGGGAGGUCAUUUAUCAAGAAGACUAAGGCUAUUUAAUGAGAGAUUGGAAGUGAAAAGACUUCUACUGUGGAAAUAUAGGUUAAAUAAAACAAAUGCCACCAUCAUACCAAAGAGAAACACAGUAGGUCUGGUUGUCGUCAUGUGUUCCAAAGCCCAGAUCAAGACUCUUUUUUCCCUCAUGAAGAUUAUAAAAAAAAUCACAUUUCAAGUUAUGGUCCCAUAGUACCACUGUUCUCAUUUAUGAGAGUGUAAAAUAGUAGGUUAUCUUUCACUAUAUUUUAUGGGAACAUAGUUUUAAAAUGAGAAAAGGUGGCAGUGGGAAAGUACUUAAAUCAAGUUCUUGUCUUGACUGAACCAAUACUAGCAGUGUUUGUUUUUUUCAGUUAAAAAACACUGAAGAGAAAAUGGCUUUCCUAACACAGAUAUUCUUCACUGGGUAGGGAUGCUGGGGUAACAAGGGGGCAAUUCAGGGUGAAUUGGGCCUACUGUAUCUUCAGUCUUGUUUUCAUGUAAAAUUUACAGCCAUGUUUCCUGUUUUUUUAUUGUAUCUGGUCUGCUUCUGUCUCCCACAGCAGACUGCCAGUUUCGAUUGUGAAGCAUCUCUGUCAUCAUUUGUUAUUGGUCGAGGGAUGUUUCUGUUGCUGUAAGUGUGUAGGGUGGCAAAACUGCAUAUUUAAAAACUGCAGAUGAAAUGCAAGCCUACCAAAAAAAAUAAAACUUCAGUAUCUGAUGGCGUUGCAGGCAACUGGCGUACAGCUCAGUCCUUGAACAACAGGUUGUGUUGUCCUUGAAAGCUUCCUCCAAAUAUUGUGUAUCCGGGACCAAGUAAAGUAGAAAUUGUUUUUCAUGUUUUUUUUUGUUGUUCUUGUUUUGUUUUCCUUUUUUGUACUCUGGUGCUGACGUACAUGUGAUGUUGAUGAAAAAAAAAUUAAAAAGAUAAUGGUUCUUUGUAAAUAUGUUUUUACAAGUUGGAAUACAUCAGAUAAUACUGGUUCUACUAUCUGUAAAGAAAUUACUGUUUGUUUAAAAUAGAGAAGUAUUUUUAUUUCAUUUUUCCACUUUUAAAUUCAUCAGAGCUAUGCCAUUGCACUUCAGACAAUGUCUUACUACUAAUUUGUACUGUAAACCUCUUCUAAUUUUUAUUUUGGAGUUGUUUUUCUAGUUUGAGAUUUUACUCUGUACCUUAAGCAGUGCUUAUUUCUUUUUAUCUUGUACAGAAUUCGGAAAUGUUAAUGCAAGAGGAUUACAGAAACGUCUUUUUUUUCCAGAAAAUAAUAAAAAGGAGAGAAUGUUAUCUCUGUGAUCAUAUUAAAUGAACUCUUAACACAA